AUGUUUAAUUUUAAUUUUUUUACUUCACAAUUUUCAACAAUUUUAAUUAAAUUUAUUAUUCUAAUAUUUCUCACAAUUUUUAAAAGAAUAAAUUCCCUUCCAAAUAUCGGUAGGUUUUUUCUUAAAUUAAUAAUUCUUCUUCUUCCCCAACUUCCGGCUAUUUUUAAAUUAUUUUUGAGUCGGUUUUUCUUUUUUUUUAAUUUUUUAUUAUAUUCAUUUCCACUCAUCAUCCGUUCGCUUAUCCUUUUUUCAAAGCCACGGCUUCUGGCAUUAGUUUAACCUUUAUUUUUCUGUUCA